GAACUAAUAAGGCUGCGAAUACUACGGGAGCAGUUAUAACGAGUUACGGACAUUGCGAGAGUGGCAUUGUUGAGUCGGACGGUCCGAGUUUGCACUGAAAUGCCGCAGUGUAAUGAGGAUUUCCGAGAUUUUUGUGAAUGAGUGCGGUCCCGCGUUCUGCAUACAGAAUGUUGGCGAAUCCGGCGUCAUGUCAGCUGAUGACAUUUUUCAUAGGUGUGACAGAGGUGUGCUUCAUGACCGCACCAGUGGGCCAGUGCAGUUACUGCUGCCACAGAGAUGACAACAUCGACAUCCAGUAUAAGCUGUUCACCAGGUCUAAUCCAAGGAAUUUCCAAUUGAUACCGUUGGGUAACACCAGAGCUUUCCGUCGCACCUCCUUCGAUAGCUCUGUUCCAACUAUCAUAUAUCUAAUGGGGUUUUCGGAGGCUUCAACGGGGCCUAGCACUACCACCUUGAAGGAUGCAUACUUAUCUUCUGGGUCAUACAACUUCAUAGCGGUGGAUUGGUCGCGACUGAUUGCAUUUCCUUGGUACAUCACGGCGGUGCGCAACACACGUCACAUGGGCGGGCGUCUGGCGCGGUUCGUGGAGUACCUGCAGAGUGUGGGCGUGCCCUCCACCUCGCUGCACGUCAUCGGAUUCUCCUUGGGCGCAGAGGCCGCGGGAUUCGCGGGCAAGGUGCUGAACUCGAGGGGCGUUCGGCUAGGCAGAAUUACCGGCUUAGACCCCGCCUACCCCGGUUACAGCCUAACCAACAACGACGGCCACUUGUCCCGCGGUGACGCUAUAUUCGUGGACGUGAUCCACACGAACCCAGGGGUUUUGGGAUUCCCGCAGCCUCUAGGGGACGUUGACUUCUACGCUAACCCUGGACGGUGGAUACAGCCAGGGUGCUGGGUCAACCAACUCAUCCAGAACCGGGAGCUACGUUUUAUUUAUGGUUGUAGUCACAACCGAGCAUGGAGGCUGUAUGCAGAGUCGGUGAGCAAUCCGGUGGGUUUCCCAGCCACUCUCUGCAGGAACCCCGGUUUUGGGAGGUGCUCCGUUCAGACAGACGGGUAUUUGGGCAUCGGUGCACGCCAGCCAAUGUCUGGGAAAAUGUACGUGGAAACAAAUGAAAGACCACCGUUCGCGAGAAAUAGGCUGUAGUUAUAGAAAUUAAUGGAUAAGAAACAAUUAAUAGGGAAAGUGUAAUUUGCACUGACGUAAUAAGAAGAAAUAGCAACUUAUAGUAUCUAUUUUAACAUUGUGCCAAUCAAAUUGUGAUAUUAUUAGAAGUAAGUUGUUGAAAUAAAUACAUAUCAAGUUACUGUUCCACGGUUUAUUAUUUCCAAUUUUUAAGGUUUUUUUUCACAGACUGCAACAGUACCCAACAAAACGUUUUCACUAAAGAUACAAAUGAUUUUGUUACAUCUUAUUACUAGAGUUCUUACUAAACAUUCGAUAUCAAGUCAUAUUUUAUGCGACACAUUCUCUAAGUUCAGGACUUAUCGGCCAUCCUUGACGAUUUCAACUGAGUUUAACCAUAGUGACAAAUCUUCUUCACAUGAUCAUAGUCUUUCGGAUGGAACCACUGUGUCAUCAUGGCCAUUUUACACUCCACCAAUUCUUGUUUUAAAUAAGCCAUGUGCCAAUGUUGUGCCAUCUCCACAUUUGUGACGAUGUGAGAAAGCGCUUUUUCCACCAGGUCUCUCUCGUAGUUAUUCAAUAUUGGGAUGUCGAAUUUGGUGCAUAUACCUUUGUCGUUAAGAAGAACG